AUGAGCCCGCGAAAAGGACACGUCAAGGCAGGGAAGUCCAGCACAUCCGCCGUCCUGGGCUACUCGGCACAAACGAGACUGCACGAAGAGCCGUCGUCUGCGCCGGUGUCGGGAUCCAUGAUGUCUUCAGGAAAUAUGGCGCCCCGCAUGAAGCUAGCUACCCGUUUAUUUUUCGUGCGGCUGACAACCCAGGCUGCUGGUGGAGACCCAAGCACCCUACAUCAGUCACAGUCAAGGCUCACCUCGCUAGGACAAUUUCAAGCGGAAAGCGCAGCUGGAAGACCAGCUGGUGGUGCCGCCCGGAGUAGCCUUGUGGCCGGGUUAAAAAGACGCGACAAGCCACAGCACCCUGGGCGAUUGGAUAUGGAAGUGGCAGUGAAGGACAAAAGGGUAAAGGGCGACGUGAACGCAGCAGGAGCCGCACACGGCGGGAGAACCGAUACCACAAGCAUGGCAUCGAGAGGUCGUUUGCAAAGAGAUGCCUCGGCGGCUAGAACACAUGCUGUUCCAUAUGGCGGUUUCAUCAAGAGCCUGGAGACCAGCCCCUUGUGGAAGGACCCGUUUCGCAAUCCCAACGUGUUUCUGUACCUCAAGGCGGAUGCUGAAAAUCCGUACAAGUUGACCAUUGUGGACUCGAUGGAGCCUUCUUCGGACAAAUUCUACACUCUGAGUAUGAACGGUCUGGUGUGUUCAACCAGAGAUCGUACUGAGUUCGUCACGGUGGAGCAGUUCGAGCGCCAGUAUAUGCAAUACCAUCGGAUAGCAGCCCUACCAUUCUUCAGACAGUACAGUCAAUGGAAGUCUUUUGCGGAGUGGAAGAGUUUCGUGCAUAUUCGAAAACGGGCCAAGUGCCGCGCUGUGCUGGAAGAGGAUUUAUUCUCUCUUCAUCCGUGGCUAAGAAUCGGCAUUCGUCGGCUGAAAGAGUUGUGUUACGAGCUGAGCACCCACCGUGCGUUCAAAGUGGACUUCGGAACGCAUACUCUGGAAAACUUUUGCAAGGCACAAUCUACACAACGUGACCAUCUCGACUUGGUGCUUCAGCAGUUCUCGGUCAACGUUCGCGAGGCUGUCAUGAAGUCGUGCGAGGAUACGUUGUAUAAUUUUUUGCAUAGGGCUGGAUUUAACGUCAAGGCAUCUACACCAGAAGAAGCACGCGAGCUGUUGAUGAAAACAAUGGAGGAAGUUAACCCGUCCGAAAUAUCGUUCACUGAACGUGCUGCCAUGAGGACCCAAUGUCGGAAGCUGGCGAAAUUCAUGAAGGUGGCCGACUUCCUCGUUGCGGAUACCUACCUUGACGUGGCGUUGGAAUCAACAAGAGACCUUCUGCUGGAGAUGCAGCGUGCUGCGGACUCGACAUCGGACACGGAAGUGAUGGACCUCCAAUCGCUAAAGGAAGAAAGCAACCAGUCCUCCCAAAGGCUUCGAGUAAUGCUGUUCGACGGGUUAACUGUCGUGGCAACCCCCCGCCGCCUUUUGAGCGAACCCAGCUUCAAAGCGUUCGUGAGCCCCAUUGUGGAUGAGCGUGGGACGUUUGGUGAGGGACAAGAUCUGGAGGCCGUGAUUAUGGAGGACUCUGACUUCCAAGAUAUGCUGGAUGGCAUCCAUCGGAAUAUCGCCCAUUCCUUCAGGCGCACCGAUACAUAUACCUCCUCCUUCGACCCACUCACACAUUGCUACUUGGAGAACGCAAAAUUUGCUCGAGAAGUUUCUGUCAGCUACUAUGCCAAUGCAAAUGUCGAGCAGCUGAAGACCCUGCUUUUCAACUACGACGACCAGACGACACGGUUUAAGCGUAUCAAGACUUGGCAGGAUGUUGGCCUUAUCCGCGUCGGAAGUGCGAAGCUCGAAGCGAUGCUUCGUCCUAGCCCCGAAAGGUGCCUGGACAUUGUGCAUCGAGUUGUACCGCAGCUGUACAAAAACAACCACGAACUCCUUCUGAAUGAGCUGAGCCAAUCGCUGGAUGCCAUGAGCAAGAAAUCCAGGAGCGUGGAAGAUUUCGCCAAUCUCAUUUUACAAUACAGGGGCGCGAAAGAACGAGCCGGAGAAAUGCAAGAGAGAUAUACAUUUCUUGCGUCCUUGUACGAGGUUAUGGAAGGGAACGGCGUCACCAUCACUGACGAUACUCGAACAGCAGCGAACAUGAUCGUCAAGGCCCUGAGGAUGGAUCUUGGGCAUGGCAUGAUACAGAAUCCAGCAGCAGAGGUGACAGAAGUUGUCGAGUACCUCGUCACGUGCGAAAAGACUCUGGCAAGCCUCUACACACUGGCAGAUUGCCUCAUCAGUUGGCAGACCAUUUUGCAGACCGGGUCCUUCGAUCGGGACGAGCUGGAAGAAAUCGAGUCGGAAAUGAGUCAAAAGACACGUCUGUGGCGGGGCAUCCAAACCUUUGAAGAGUGUCUAGAGAGUUGGGGAAACACUUCCUUCGAAGCUCUUGAUAUCGAGGCAAUGGAAACAGAAAUUGUCAGAUUCUGGCGGAUAGUGCAGCUCUCCGAAAAGCAGCUCCCUACUAACCCUGCUGUUGGACGACUCAAGCAUAUGGUCGACGAGGUAAAGCUCACGGUUCCAGUGGUGGCUGACCUCCGCAGCGGAACAUUGAUGGACAGACACUGGGAGGAACUCGAUGGCGUUUUGGGCAUGGAUAUCCGAGGGCAAGGAUCAGUGACCUUUGAACAAAUGAUGAAGGCUAACCUCAAGAACGUGUCAGACCAAGUCAAUUCCGUUGUCACCAACGCCGAGCAAGAGUCCUUCCUCUCCCAACUGCUGCAAAAGGUUCAAUGCGCCUGGGCUGAUGCGACGUUCGAAUUGAAGGCGCACAAGGAGAAAAAAGAUGUGUUGAUUCUGAGCGACACGGACGACCUCACAGCUCGUGUAGACGACUGUGUCGUUACCAUGGGCAAUAUCCUAGCAUCGCCUCACGUCGGCCCGAUCCGCUCUGAAGCGGAAGAGUUCGGGGGCAAGCUAAACCUGCUGCAGGCUACGCUGGAAGAGUGGUUGGUUCUCCAGCGCAUGUGGGGGUACAUCUCGUCAAUUUUUGCCGCACCUGAUAUACAGAAACAGCUUCUUGGGGAGGCCAGAGCUUUCAGGGCGGUCGAUACGUUUUUCAAGGACACUAUGAAGAAGAUCGCGGAGCAUCCCCACUGUCUCACAGCCGGGAUUGCACCGGGUUUAUUAGACAAGUUCAAGAGAAACAACGAGAUUCUGGAAGGAAUCGCAAAAGGCUUGGACGCGUUUCUCGAGGUGAAACGGCAGGCGUUUCCUCGUUUCUACUUCCUUGCGGAUGACGAGCUACUGGAGCUACUAAGUCGCUGUCGCGAUACGAACGCUGUCCAGCCACACUUGCGAAAAUGCUUUGAUGCGGUCCAUUCUCUCGACUUUGGGGACGGACCUGGCUCUAACACCAUCAAUGCUAUGGUAAGUCGGGAAGGGGAAAGCCUGGCCUUGGGACCAAACCUCAAGGCCCGGGGCGCGCUGGAGGACUGGCUCACGGCGAUGGAGGAAAACAUGCGCAAGGUUCUUCAUCGCUUCAUCAAGGUUGCCUUGACCGAACUCGAGGGCAUCAACUUCGAUGGAGGCAAGAAGGAAGAAAUGACCCCACUUCAACGAACUCUGGCUGUGGCCUUGGUGACCGCUGAAGUGCACAAUCGGGACGUGGUGGAGGUAUUGGUAAACAAGGACGUGAGCGAUCCCCAGAACUUUCUGUGGCAGGCACAGCUCCGGUUCUAUUGGGAUGCUGACACCGUCAAAAUUCGGCAAAGCACGGCCAUAAUGCGAUAUGGCUUUGAGUAUCAGGGUGCCAGCACUCGGUUGGUCAUUACGCCACUCACUGAACGGUGCUGGAUGACGAUAACGGGCGCGUUCGACUUGAAACUGGGCGCAAACCCUCUUGGUCCGGCGGGAACGGGCAAGACGGAGUCUACAAAGGACUUGGCGAAGGGCCUUGGCACGCAGUGUAUCGUGUUCAACUGUUCAGAUCAGAUCGACCACACAAUGCCUGCAAGGCUGUUGGCCGGGCUGGCGCAAACCGGGGCAUGGACUUGCUUGGACGAGUUCAACCGCAUCAACAUCGAAGUGCUUUCCGUCAUCGCGGAGCAGUUGAUGGUGUUGCGGAACGCCCGCUUGGCGGGGGCAACAAAGGUCAUGUUCGAAGGGCGUGCACUUCCUCUGAAGGACCAUCAUGUGGUGGUCACGAUGAAUCCAGGAUACUCCGGUCGAACAGAGCUUCCCAACAAUCUCCAGACGUGCUUUCGUCCUGUAGCGAUGAUGGUCCCGGACUACUCGCUCAUCUCCGAGAUUAUCCUCUACAGCGAAGGCUUUGCUCACGCGAAGGAGUUGAGCGCAAAGGUUUCCACGCUGGCGCACCUAUGCUCAGAGCAGCUGAGCCAGCAGCCUCACUACGACUUUGGCAUGCGCGCAGUGAAAUCAAUCCUUGUGUUUGCCGGUCAAGCCAAGCGACAACAGACGCAUGGCGCAAUGCAACCUGAAGAGGAUGUGCUCAUACAGGCGCUUUGUAGCAGCAACUUGCCGAAGCUGCUGGAACGCGAUACUCCUCUUUUCAUCGCGAUACUAGGAGACUUGUUUCCCCGCAAGGCACUGCCUCUUCCCUCGCACGACAUUCUCCACCGAGGAGUUGCUGCAGCGGCCAAGGAAAUGGGUCUACAACCAUUGGAGGAACAGAUGACAAAAAUUGAUCAACUUCAUGAGACGAUGGAGGUUCGCUUCGGAGUGGCUCUUGUGGGGCAUGCGGGCGCUGGUAAAAGUGCACUACUUCGACUACUAGCGGAAGGAUCCACUUGGCUCAGGGGCGAGGAACUGCAACAGAUUUCAAACGGCAACCAAGGGCUCGAAAAAGGAGUCACUGAGGCCCAUGCUACAAGCGGUACCAAUAUUGCGGUGGCCAACAAUACGACCUGGCUCCCGCCAGCUCGAGACAACAUGAAGGACGAGGAAAGUUCCGAGGGGCAAAGCGAGCAAGACCUGGAGGACAAGAUUCCAACAGCAUGGCCACAGAUUAAGAUAGGUGUGGUGAAUCCCAAGGCUAUCAGCAUCGGUGAGCUUUACGGGCAGUUCAACCCGUUUACAAUGGAAUGGAGGGAUGGAGUGGGAUCUAGCCUCAUGCGCCGUGCUGCAACUUUGGGCUCAAAGAUGAGUGCGGAAUACUGGAUCGUGUUCGAUGGCCCCAUCGACGUUGUGUGGAUCGAGGCCAUGAACACCGCGUUAGAUGACAACCGUACGUUGUGUCUAGCGUCCGGUGAACGUGUGAAACUCAACGUCGACAGCAUGCGUCUCCUUUUUGAAGUCGAGGACUUGGUUCAAGCUUCUCCUGCGACCGUCAGUCGACUAGGCGUGGUGUAUGUCCCGCGAAGAUGUGUUCCCCCCUGUGCGGCGUUCCGGACAUGGUUGGAUGGUCCCGAGCUCGGCGAACUCCUCGAUGGCAUCGGUGUUUCCCGCGCCAACAACAUUAGAGCUAGGCUUUCGGAGCUUGCACAAAAGCUCAUGUGGCCGACACUAGCGUAUAUGGCAGGACGGGGCGAUGCAGUGUUCCGAGAGGAGGUGGUCACACUACAGAAACAAGUUGUGUCUAUCCUGAUGCCCAUCGUCCAGGUUCAGCGAGUGCAGUCCUUGUGUGCUCUCUUCGAGGGCUUCAUUGCUCGCCAACGAGAGCUACACGCUCGCGCUGCCGAUUUCAUGGCAAACCAAGCAGCGAUGGACUCCCCCUCCUUCCCCCGGAAAGGUGCUACGGGUCCUGUCAGUGCGACAGAAGACUCUGGGGACGACGCUCUCGAGGGCAAUGUUGGUGGUGCUAAAGCAGCCGUUGGUGGAUUCGCUCCUUCGCACGGCGAAAUUGAUCAGACGUUUCUUUUUGCAAUGAUAUGGGGCCUCGGUGGGGGGCUGACUGGAGACCCGGCUCUUGCUUUUGACGUAUACGUCAGAGAUAUAGUUCAGACCUCUGGACUCUACAAUACUCUCAGUCUACCUCGAACUGGCAGUGUAUUCGAGUACUACGCGCACUUCUAUCCACCAGGACAGGGUGGAGCUCGGCCGUACGAAUGGCGCUCAUGGACUGUGGACGUCCCUUCUUUCGAAUACCAACCGAACGUACCUGUGUACGAAAUGAUGGUGCCCACGGCCAAGACCGAAUGUUACUCAUUCCUCUUGGAAACUAAUCUGGAAGCCGGCCGCCCAACGUUUCUGGCGGGCGCAAGUGGUACUGGCAAGACCAUGCUCGCAGCUCAUUUGUUCCAGCGGCAUUCGCACCUUCAACCCUCUCCAACCGCACCGGCGGUGGCGCAAGGGUCAACGAAGCUACCCUCUUCAAUGGUAGCUCGGCACAGGCCCUCGGCCUUAGAUGAAGACCCUACUUUGUGUCUCGAGUGGAGGUCACCGGAGCUUCUGCACUUCAGCGUUCAGGUGUCCGAAGGUGGUUUCUACGACCGAGAAAGACUGUUCUGGCGGAAGGUUCGGGAUACGGUUGUUACCGUUGCAGCUGCGCCGCCGGGUGGUGCUCGCAGUGCACCCCCGGCACGAUUUUCUCGCUUAUUCAGCGUGAUGUGCCUCCCCACUCAGUGCACGGCGUCCAACACGGCCAUAUUCGGGUCAAUUCUAAAGGGGUUCUUGGCGAAGGGUUUCUCGACAACAGUAGCAAACCUCAGUGACGGCCUCGUUUCAGCUACCCUGGAAGUAUACGGCAAGGUCGAACGGGAGAUGUUGCCGACGCCUUCGAGGCCACACUACACUUUUAACUUGCGUGACAUCAGCAAAGUGGUGCAGGGGAUUUUGCUGGUAAAGCAUCACAGUGUACAGGGUCCAGCUGGUAUGGUACGCUUGUGGAUGCACGAAAUGUCAAGGGUUUUCGGGGAUCGCCUGGCAGACCCGCCUCACCUCAUCGUUUUUGAGCAUAUGCUCAUCGAGGCUGUCGGGAGGCACUUCAAGAUGACUGGCCCUGGCUGGCAGCGCGAGGACUUAUUCGAGAUGCGGGACCCUAAACCGGGAGAAGACUUUGACCAGGGGGAAAGCCUCCUGUUGUUUAGCGACGUGCUCGGGACCGGGACGGUCGCAAGCGAAAGAUUGUACGAGGAAUGCUCAGACUUGCGACGAGUGGUGCGCCAACUCCGCCAUUAUCAGGAUGAAUGCAACAUCGGAGGGAACGGGGUGGAGAUGUCCCUCGUGUUUUUCCCCGACGCGGUGCGCCAUUUACUGCGCAUCUCAAGGAUACUUAGGCAACCAAGAGGAAACGCCAUGCUAAUUGGCCUAGCAGGAAGUGGGAGGGAGUCGUUGGUACAUCUCGCCACAAGUAUGGCUGGUUCUACGCUUGUUCGCGUAAACGUGACUCAUGACUACGGCAUCCAGAAGUUUGAGCAAGACCUCAAGAAUGCUGUUCUCACAGCUGGUAUUGACACCAAGCACACCGUUUUCUUGCUCAAGGAUGCCCAGAUUCUGGACGAAGCUAUGCUUGAAGAUAUCAACUGCUUGCUUGGUAGCGGGGAAGUGCCGAAUCUCUUCACACCAGACGAAGAAGCGGACAUCGUCAUCAGAGUGCGAGACGCUGUUCGGGCCACUGGGAAGCCCGACACUCGAGCGAGGUCCAUGGCUUUCUUCACGGCGCAAGUGAGAGAUCACCUGCAUAUUAUCCUUUGCUUGGACCCAUCUGGAGCGACCUUCCGUGAACGGAUCAGAAACUUCCCCAGCCUUGUCAACUGCAGCACAAUCGAUUGGUACAACGCCUGGCCAAAGACUGCUCUUCACUCUGUAGCUCACCGGGUUCUGACCGAGCUGGCCUUGGUGCCAUCGGGACCGCACGAAUGCGGGGUUGGGCCAAAAUUGGCCGCUGCCCUCAUAAGGACGUCGGUUGAGGUGCACGGAGGGGUCGAACCGGCGGCGGCGUCGUUCUUUUCGCAGCUAGGGCGUCGCAUUUAUGUUUCGCCGAAAUCUUUCCUGGAUUUCUUGCGAACGUUUCUGAACAUCUUACGAGACAAAAGAACGGCCCUGUCCACGAGGCUAGCAAGCCUGCAGGACGGUGUAGUAAAGCUGGAAGAAACAGGCCGCAUCAUCAAGGGGCUCAAGUGCGAAUUAACCGAGUUACAACCUCUUCUGGAGUCAAAAGCAUUGGAGGCGGAAGGACUUCUCGCUCAAGUUGACGAAGAGCGAAAAGAAGCGGAAGCCAUAAAGGAGAGGGUGGCCAAGGACGAAGCAGCUGUUGCCGCACGUCAAGAAGAGAUUUCGGUACUGCAGCAAGAGGCCCAAAAAAACCUGGACCAGGCUCUGCCGGCUCUUGAAGAAGCAAUCAAGGCUCUCAAUUCGCUCAAGCGAGACGACAUUAGUGAAGUUAAAAGCUUCCAGAACCCACCCCAGGCCGUUCAGACUGUCAUGAACGCCGUUUGCCUCCUCUUGUCAGAAGACCAGGACUGGGACAGCGCAAAACGCGUGCUCAGCCGAAAUUCUUUUAUGGACGAAUUGAGGAACUACAACAAGGACACCUUGAACACCGAGAGACGAAAGAGUCUGAAGCGCUAUGUGGACGACGAAAAUAUGAGCGUCGAUCGCCUCCGAAAAGUAUCUUUGGCGGCUGCGGGGAUGUGCAUGUGGGUGCAUGCGAUGGACCAGUAUGGAGAUAUAUUCGAAGAAGUGAAACCGAGAAUAGACACCGUCGAGGUAUUGAAUCAAGAGCUGGAACAAGCCAAUGACGUUCUCCGGACCAAGCGCAGCGAAGUGCACCGCAUCGAGGAAGAAGUGGCUCUCUUGAUGCAGAGUGGAGACGAUGCCAACCGAGAGAAAAUAGGCCUUGAGAACGAGGUUCAACGGUGUAUCCAACGCUUGGAUCGCGCGGAGAAGCUAACGUCGGGCCUGGAAGAGGAAAAUAAACGAUGGACAGCAACUGCCCAAGAUAUUCUAGACCACGAGGUGAACCUGACGGGUGACAUCUUCCUCAGCGCUGCCUUCGUGUCCUACCUGGGAGCCUUCACCGGUCCCUUCCGCAAUUCCUUGGUUGAAAGCUGGACGGUCAUUCUAAGGGACAAAGGUGUCCGUGUGUCCGACGGCUUUUCUGUCGCCCAGGUCCUGAUUACCCCGGUGGUCCUGAGAGAAUGGCAUCUACAGGGGCUCCCAAGCGAUAAGACCUCUGUGGACAGCGCAAUUGCAGCCACCACUGUGGCCACAGGAAGGUGGCCAUUGUUGAUCGAUCCUCAGAGGCAGGCGUGCCGUUGGCUGAAGAACAAAGCGGCUGCUCAAGAGAAUAUCUCGUCGACCGAGACCACCGCCGUCAGGAACGCCAGCCCCGAGGUCGAUGAGGGUUUGCUUUGCGCAAACGCUGGCAGCCCUUCGCUUCUGAGCAGCCUCCUACUGGCAGUUAGAGAAGGGAAGAGUCUUCUGGUUGAGGACAUUGAAACGAGCAUCGACCCUGUCCUGGAUCCGGUGCUUUGUCACAGGACCUUCUUGAAGGGAGGGCGCACGAUCCUGCCCCUGGGAGAUGUCGAGGUGGAGUACAAUAGCAAUUUCCGUUUGUACCUGACUACGGAGCUGCCCAAUCCACACUUCCAAGCCGACAUUGCUAUUCGGGUCAACCUCAUCAACUUCACCGUCACAAGACGUGGCUUGGAGGAGCAACUACUCGGCGAGGUAGUCACAUUGGAGCAACCUGAACUAGAAGAGCGUCAUCACGACCUGAUCACGAGUAUCGCCACGGAUCAAAAGCAGUUGUUGGACAUCGAAGACCAGAUUCUCAGACUCCUCAACGAGGCCAGCAGCGGAGUGGAAGUUCUCGAUGACGAGACCCUCAUUGCAACUCUCAGUAAAUCGAAGACAAUGAGUAAGGUGAUUGCCGAGCGCCUUGCCGACAGCAAGAGCACGAAACGGCAGAUUGAGGAAAGUCGGGAAGGCUACAGGCCAGUUGCAGUCCGCGGUUCCCUCCUCUACUUCACAGUCGCCGAGCUGUGCAGGGUUGACGUCAUGUACCAGUACAGCCUGGACUACUUUCAGCUUCUGUUCACGAACUGCAUCGUGGACACCUUGGACGCCGGAAACGGUGGACUACAAGCAAGGCUCCAGCUGCUCCUAGAGAAGAGCACGGAGGCUGUAUAUCGCGCGGUUUCGAGGGGGCUAUUCGAGCGCCACAAACUUCCGUUUGCGUUUAUGCUCUGCACCGGUAUCCUCCGGGCCAAGGGCGAUAUAACGAACGUUGAGUGGAUGCUUUUAUUGCAAGGAGCUGGACCGAACCUCCGCCGAAGGACCAGCCGAGGCCGGGAAAGUGACCAGAGAAGUAAUGUUAGCAAUCCGGACUCCAGCAUCUUAGAUGAGAGGAGUUGGAAAACGCUACAGCAAGCGGAGAUCGCCAUACCUUCCAUGAAGGGUAUCUGCAAGUCGGUAGCCGAAUCGUGGCCACAAUGGCAGGACUGGCGAGCAGAUGCUGCCGCCCAUAGGGCGCCGCUACCAUCGGGAUGGGAAGAAAAUCUGAACCGUUUCCAGAAGAUGAUCGUGGUUCGUGCCCUCGCAGAGGCAAACACUCAUGGCGCAGCGGCAGACUUGGUGGAGCAUCAUCUCGGGCGUGAGCUGAUUCGCCCCUCGGGAACAGCCGCUGGCGUGGAAGAGGUCUUCAUGGACGUCGACGAGAAAACUCCUUGCGUGUUCAUACUCUCUCGGGGGGCUGACCCCAUGGCCCUGCUAAUGAAAUUUGCUGCGUCUGUGGGCAUGGAUAACCAACUGGAAGUUACGUCCUUAGGCAAAGGGCAAGGUCCCCGAGCCGAGGAAGUGAUCAAGGUUGCUAGAGCGAGCGGUAGCUGGGUCAUGCUGCAGAACUGCCACCUAGCAUGCUCGUGGCUGCCCACCCUUGAUGGCAUAGUGAAGAGUCUUGGAAGCAGCUCAAGUCACUCCAAGCCCGGCUUCAGGUUGUUUUUGAGUGCAGCUCCAGUGCCAUAUUUCCCUGCUGGAGUUCUACAGCGGUGUGUCAAGAUCACAGAUGAACCGCCACGGGGCAUUCAAGCAAACCUACGGCGGACGUACAAUAUGCAGAUGUCGGGUAUCUUGCAGAGAGAGAAACAAGAGGGAAUUCAGCGGCCGCCAGAGUGGAAACGCCUUUUGUUUGGGCUGUGCUUCUUCCACGCCGUGGUCCAGGAAAGGAUUAAGUUCGGCCCCCUCGGCUGGAAUGUCACAUACAGCUUUGGAGAUUCCGACCUUGACGCAGCGUUCAAGCUCUUAGGCCGGUUUGUGGACGACCUCCACAUAGAUACAUCAACGGCGACUCUUGCUUCUCUGCCGGUAGAAAGCCUGGUGUACGUCACAGGAAACAUCACCUACGGUGGCUGGGUGACCGACGAGUGGGAUCGGCGGUGCCUUCUGGCGAUUCUAGACCACUUCUAUUCUGCAAGCAUUUUUGGGGAUGCGGUCCACAUGUACGGUGGAGUGAGUUCGAACCCCGAGCUGAGGGGGGGCAUGGAAAACGGAGACGGGCCUUCGAAGGUCAAAGCACGUCUGGUCCGUCGUUUGUCAGCAUCAUCUGCCAUGAUUGCCGCGGCGCCUGUCGAUGCCCCAGCCGAGAGUUACCUGGCCUACAUUGAACACAUACCUCCUGAGGAUGGUCCGCAGAUGUUCGGGAUGCACGCUUCGGCGGAUAUUUCUCUUCGUCUCAAGGAGAGCAAGGCGCUUUUGGACGCGAUUCUUGCGCUUCAACCGAGGGAUUCGAACUCCUCGGCGGGGCAACGCCCCGACGAUGUCGUUUUGGCAGUGACGCAAGAGCUGAUGGCGAGAAUACCGGGAUGCUUGACACAUCGCAAGGAGGGGGCUGUGAACCAUCUUACAAGACGCGGAUCAAGCGUAGAACCUGGAGCAUCGAACACUGACAGCUUGGUGACGGUGUUGAUUCAAGAGCUCGACAACUGCAACUCCUUGCUCGAGAUCGUUCGCACAACCGUGGAACAGCUCGUCUUAGCUGUCAAGGGGGAGAUAGUUAUGAGCUCCGAGCUUGACAUGGUGUACAGCCAAUUCCUGGUCAAUCAAGUCCCGGCCGAAUGGCGUCGGCGAGGGUUUGCGAGCCUCAAACCUCUGGGGUCGUGGAUGAAAGACUUGCGAUGGCGUGUGAGGUUUUUCGAGCUGUGGCUAGAACGUGGAAAUCCCUAUGCGUUCUCCCUGCCGGCGUUCUUUUUCCCACAGGGCUUCUUGACCGCGGUACUACAAAACCAUGCGCGAAAGCACGCGGUGCCGGUCAACCUUCUUGGCUUCAAGUUCGACAUUCCCGACAUUAUGCAACCAGAGGAGGCCAAGAACCACCCUUCUGAUGGUGUGUUCGUAUACGGCAUGCACAUAGAAGGCGCUUCGUGGGACCACGCAACCAAGCGCCUAUGCGAUCCAAGGCCAGACCAGAUGCGGGCACCAGCGCCAAUUGUGCAUUUUUUACCCGAAACCGACCACGAGCCCAAUCCCGCGGACUACAUCUGCCCUACGUACAAGACAUCGGCACGGAGAGGAGAGCUUUCUACCACCGGCAUAUCCACCAACUUUGUGGUAGCCGUUGAACUCCCCACCAAUAUGCCGGUUCGACAGUUUAUUCUUCACGGCGCCGCUAUGCUGUUGUCGCUGGAGAGUUAG